CUCAGUCUAUGCAAUGAAACACUAACUUGCUAACUUGCUGUAGAGCUUUUUUUCUUUGCAAAAACAAAAAAUAUUAAAAUAUAAAAAUCUGCCAUGGAACACAAUGUAGUCCUUCUGUCUUUUCCUCUUGAGAAUUAGUCACAUAGGAGUUUGCAUGUUAGUAGGAUAUCUGAAUAGACUUCAUAGUUUAGAUGAAACAUGCUUUUCUAAUAGCAUUCAUUGUCCACAUAUGACUUCUCUACAUCUCAGCUAAACUUUGCAUUAAACCAACUCAGCUGUUGUUUUUGCCAAGUAAUGCAAACCUGAAGCACAUCUGCAGUGUUAAUGCUCUACAAGGGCUCUGCCCCUCUGACAAACCCUGCCCUGUUCCCGGUGUAAUGUGAUGCCUGAGUGAUUUGAUUUGGCCAUUUCUCAGGAAGAUAUCCUUGAAGCAGCUCAGCUGAGGCCCAUGAUGGAGUCAUUGCCAGCAGUGCAAUGAAAUUCCGGUUGUAGUAUUUUUAAAUUUUCAAUCAGUGUGAUUUUGGAUAUUCUCAUCUGCUGUUGUCUCUUCCUCUGAUUAUUUUCAGAUAAUUUUUAGAUAAUAAACCUGCAAUGUUGCAAUGUAGUUUUAUCUACAUUAAACUCGGGAUGGCUGGCUAAUCUGUUUAGGGAAGGCCUUUGUCUUUGUUAGACUUCUGAAAAAAAGAUAUUUCUCCUGUGAGGCUCCACGUGGACUGAUUGAACACUAAAUGGUUUACACUAAGAGGUGAUGUCAUGGCUGGAGGCUCCCAUUCGCUGAUGACUCCUUGAGGGCUUAACCCUGAGCCGUUUCCACAAAAGGAGUCAGGUUCUCCCUGCCCAUCUUUAAACUACCAAUAGACCUCGCUGAGAGAAAAAAGCCAUCUGGUCUUUGCUGCACCUCCUCCCUCUGUCUUUAUACCCACCUCUGUCAGCUUUAGACUGAAUUGACCCAACUACCAUUACAUUUAGCCAGCACCUUUGUAAUUGCUCUCUGGGCUCUUGCAGGUCAUUAUGUAGGAGAUCUGCUUGCCAUGGGUGUGUGAAUGUGAAUAGAAAGGAGGCUGGAGCCAUGUGACUCUCUCUCUCUCCACCCCAGUGAAUGAGCAGAUUGAUCUCUGGCUUCUUGACUCUUAGCGGUGGGGAAAGGAGGCAGGUGAUUUGGUAUCGAGCCCCAGUGAUACAGAUAUGUGGAGUCAGGAAAGCGCUGUGCUAAGAGGCAGUUUUGUCUAAUUACCUCCUUUCAGCUUCGCUGCAGCUCAGAGCGAGAGAGCGGGGCAGAGAGAUUCGCUGCUUCCCAGCUGACACUUGCUGUGCUGUCUGAUGCGUGUUUUUAUGUUUCUCACAAAAGAUCUCUUUUGCAAUGCUGUGUACUCAGCCAUGUUUGGGCUACAGAGCUUGUCCAAACUCAGUACUAUGCUUGGCUGCAAACAGCGGGGUAAUUAAAGUUUAUAAUGAAGAUAAUACCAGCAAAGCUGUCGAGGUUCCCACUGAUGUUACUGCCCGGGAUAUUUGCCAGCUGUUUGUCUUGAAGAAUCACUGUAUUGAUGACCACAGCUGGACUCUUUUUGAACACCUCUCCCAUCUGGGAAUAGAGAGAACCAUUGAAGACCAUGAGUCUGUUAUGGAGGUGUCUUCAGGCUGGGGGAUGGACUCAGACAGCCGCCUUUAUUUCAGGAAGAAUUAUGCUAAAUAUGAAUUCUUCAAGAGGCCCCUGGACUUUUUCCCAGAUCACAUGGUCUCUAUAUCCACUGAAACCAACGGCCUGGUGGAUCACUCUGAGCUCAUACAGACCUUUCUCAAAUCCAGCACUUGUCCAGAGAUCCACGGAUACCUUCAUGCCAAAGAGCAAAGCAAGAAGUCUUGGAAGAAGUUUUAUUUUGUCUUGCGGAGAUCGGGGCUUUAUUACUCCAAUAAGGGGACUUCCAAGGAACCAAGGCAUCUCCAGUUGUUCGCUGACUUCAGUGACAGUCAUGUCUACACCGUGCUGUCAGCCAAAAAACUACAUGGAGCACCUACAGAGUUUGGCUUCUGUGUCAAGUCCACAAAGUGCAGUUCAGCCCGGGACUUGAAGCUGCUUUGUGCCGAUGAUGAGCAGACCAGGACCUGCUGGAUCACAGCCAUGCGCUUGUUAAAGUUUGGGAUGCAGCUGUACCAAAAUUUUGUUCAGCCACACCAGAAACAAAAAGCUUCACCAAUGAGAAGCAUCUCGGAGAACUCGUUGGUAGCCAUGGACUUUUCUGGUCAAAAGACCCGGGUGAUCGAGAACCCGUCUGAGGCGCUGUCUGUGGCUGUAGAGGAAGGCCUGUCCUGGAGGAGAAAAAGCUGCCACCGUUUGAGUGGUCAUGGGAGCCCUUCAGCACAGAGCUCUGUGCCAAACAUAGCUAUCCACUUGGCUCAGCCGUGGUUCCAUGGAAAACUGUCCCGGGAAGAAGCUCAGCGUCUAAUCAUUCAACAGGGUCUUAUUGAUGGAGUGUUUCUUCUGAGGGACAGCCAAAGCAACCCUAAGACAUUCGUUCUGUCGCUGUGCCACAUGCAGAAAAUCAAACACUUUCAGAUCUUACCAGUGGACGAUGAAGGGGAGUCGUUCUACAGUCUGGACGAUGGUCACACGCGGUUCGCUGACCUGAUCCAGUUGGUGGAGUUUUACCAGCUAAACCGUGGGGUGCUUCCCUGCAAGCUCAAGCACCACUGUGCCCAGAUCACCCUGUGAACAAGGGGCCCACGAGACCCCCGAGGGCCCACAUGCACCUUAACACCAGGUUCUUCUGGACAAACACUCCCAGUGUUCUCGUGCCUUGAGGAAGAUAUACAGACUGUUGUUUUCAAAAUGUGGUCCGGCCUUUUUUUUUUUUUUUCUUUUUCAGAAAAAGCAUAACUUCACAUUGGACUGUGUAAUGAAUGACGACUGGUGCUGAAGAUCACAUGCGACAUUAUUUUUCGGCCCUGUAAUGUGUGCAUAAGUGGCAGUAAAUCCAAUGGGCCAAGUCCAAAUAUGACUUCUUGUACUGUAGAUUGGAAACAUGUACUGCAGACAGCAUUGAUUCUAACAACAUCACGACAGCGGUGAAAGAAAGUCUUUUCUUCACUACUGGGAUCUGAGUUUUCACUGAAAACCAUUUAAAGGCUAUCUGCUGCGGUCUGAAUAGAAUAAUUACAUAUACCUGUCAGUUAUGGUCUGUCAAAACUAAUGAUGGUUGUAUCCCAACAAAGUGCGUAGCUGCUUCUUAGCAACCAUAUCAUGCUGGAUAUUGUGGUACAUAACACCUCCGUUUUGUUAAAUCUGAGUAAAUCUAAGCUAUCUCACCUUC